GAAGAAACAGCACUUCUGCUUCACUCUUUCCCCCCACAGAUUUUCCGAGUCCCGGCGGCGGAAAAAUCAAAUCUUUCUUUUCCGACGAGAGCCGCCACAAUGGGAAGAGGAAGACACAGAGGCCGUUCUCAGAGGAAACAUUUCAAAGAAAGCAGAGAGAAUGUCUGGAAACGCCCCAGGACCGAUCCUACCGUCGACGCUUCCGACAACGCCGUCGCUGACAAACCUAGCUGGGAACCUAUCUUGACCGACAACCCUAACUUCGAGGAGUAUUACAAGGAACAAGGGAUAGUGAGAGCAGAAGAGUGGGAUGUGUUUAUGGAGAUUCUUCGUAAGCCUUUGCCUGCUGCGUUUAGGGUUAACUCCAAUAGCCAGUUUUGCGAUGAUAUUAUAUCGAUAUUGGAGAAUGACUUCGUUAAAUCUCUUCAGGCUGAGGCCAUAGAAGGUGGAGAACUGGAGGCUAUUAAGCCAUUGCCUUGGUAUCCGAAGAACCUCGCUUGGCAUUCUAAUUUUUCUAGAAAGCAGAUUAGGAAACAUAAGACACUUGAGAGGUUUCAUGAAUUUCUGAAAUUAGAAAACGAAGUUGGAAACAUUACCAGGCAGGAAGCUGUUAGUAUGGUACCUCCUCUCUUCCUCGACGUACAUCCAGAUCAUUUUGUACUUGAUAUGUGCGCUGCACCCGGUUCCAAAACGUUUCAGCUGCUUGAGAUUAUACAUGGAGCAUCAGAACCGGGGACUCUACCUAAUGGAAUGGUGGUGGCUAACGAUGUUGAUUUCCAAAGAUCUAACCUUCUUAUUCACCAAACAAAGAGAAUGUGCACAUCAAACUUGAUAGUGACUAACCAUGAAGGGCAACAGUUUCCUGGAUGCCGCCUGAACAAGUCCCGAGCUUCCGAGAAAGGACUUAGUGAAGAUAUGCCCAUUAAUCAACUUUCCUUUGACCGUGUUCUGUGCGAUGUUCCGUGCAGUGGUGAUGGCACACUGCGCAAGGCUCCAGACAUCUGGCGGAAAUGGAACUCAGGAAUGGGGAAUGGACUUCAUAGCCUACAGGUUAUUCUUGCUAUGAGGGGUUUGUCACUGUUGAAAGUUGGUGGGCAAAUGAUAUACUCAACCUGCUCAAUGAACCCAGUUGAGGAUGAAGCUGUUGUUGCUGAGAUUCUAAGGAGGUGUGGAGACUCUGUUGAACUUGUAGAUGUUUCCGAUAAGCUUCCUGAACUUAUACGAAGACCAGGUCUUAAGACAUGGAAGGUGCGUGAUAAAGGUGGGUGGUUUACUUCUUACAAAGACGUUCCUCAAAACAGAAGAGGUGGAGUUCUUGUGAGCAUGUUUCCUUCUGGGAAAAACCUCACGGACUCAACUCAGACCACUCAGAAUAAUGAGAAUAGUGGUGUAAACGCCAGUGAAGAUGGAUGCAAAGAAACAGACAAGUCUGUGGUAGAUGCUAUUCCAGAUGAACCAGUUGUUGAAGUCUCUGAUCUUCCACUUGAACGAUGCAUGAGGAUUAUACCUCAUGAUCAGAACACCGGUGCCUUUUUCAUCGCUGUCCUUCAGAAAGUUUCACACUUGCCAGAAUUUCAGGAGAAACCAAAUCCGAGAAAGCAUUCGUCUACCAAAAACGCUGACUCGACAGAAAAGGCUCCAACUGAAGAAGCGGUUGUAACUGCCGAUGCUGAACCAGUAGAGAGUCCAGUGGAAAAAGUUAUAGAAGCAGAUGCAGACGUUGAGAAAGAUGAUAGCCUUGUGGAGCCUGAGAAGGAAAAAAACGUAGAGGGAGAAACCAUCAAGGGAGAGAAAGAAGCCAACAGUUUGAGUCACGCAGGAGACAAGAGAAAAGUACCAAUGCAAGGGAAGUGGAAAGGCUUUGACCCUGUUGUCUUCCUCAAAGACGAGACGUUGAUCGAUAGCGUCAAGGAGUUUUACGGUAUCAGAGAUGAGUCAUUCCCAUUGUAUGGCCACCUCGUGACGAGAAACACUGACACAAGCAGCGUGAAGAGGAUCUACUACGUUUCUAAAUCGGUUAAGGAAGUUCUUCAGCUGAAUUUCGCAGUCGGACAGCAGCUUAAGAUUGCUUCCGUUGGCCUCAAGAUGUUUGAGAGACAAACGGCGAAAGAAGGUGGGAGCAAGCCUUGCUCGUUCCGUAUCUCAUCAGAGGGGCUACCAGUGAUCCUUCCAUACAUCACCAAGCAAGUCCUCUACAGUCCAAUGGCAGACUUCAAACAUCUUCUGGAAUACAAAUCUAUCAAGUUCCCAGAUUUUGUCAAUAAACAACUGGGACAGAAAGCAAUUGACCUUGUACUGGGAUGCUGCGUGGUGAUUCUCAGCGACGGUGAAGAACCGGUGAAGGUGGAUGCAUCAACAAUAGCCAUAAGUUGCUGGCGAGGGAAGAAUAGUUUGGGUGUUAUGGUCACUUCUGCUGAUUGCCAGGAGCUGCUAGAGAGACUUGCCGAGAGAACACCCAAAACCGAAGUUGGCUCGGUAAAUGGAAGUAACGGCGAUUCAGGCGGUCCUGCUGAAGCUAUGGAGACGGCUUAAAAAAGCCCUUGUUUCAACAUCAUAACUUUAUUGUUGUGCUUUUGUUGAUUGUGCACUUUUUAUAUUCCUUUACGUUUAAGCAUUAUGAAAGAAUAUGAAAUUUUGUUAAAAACUUUUCUAUAUGUUCACAUCAGUUGAGGAAAAUAUUUUUUUGCAGAAAAUUAAAUUAAGGUUGAUUUU